AUGUCGUAGGAGUCGCAGCUGAUAUGAGGACGUGGUUUGGUCCGGAGAGAAAAGUGGGUUUCGCUGUUCCGCGAAAAACCGUUUUUAGACAUGGAAUUCACAAUCUUUUAAUCAAUGUUUGUACAUUUUUAGAACUAUGUUAUUUAAAUAAUUAGUAAAAUGAGACAUUUGCGUGUUUUUGUCCGGGAACCUGGCGCUGUAAUGCGGACAAACUCGCCAUCGACUAAAGAAACAAUGCGGGCCUAGUUAGCACAGAAGGCUAAUCGGAUAGCUGCUCCGCCAGACUGCAGUGGGAUUUAAACCUCGGGCCAAGCUGUGAUUUUAAGCUGUUGUCACAUCAGAAUUCGCAAUGAGUUCACAGCUACAAGUCUUCUCUCCCCCCUCCGUCUCCUCCAGUGCCUUUUGUCGCGUUAAGAAGUUCAAGGUGGAGAGCAACGUUUGGGAUGUAUCCACCACAGAUGCGUACGGUUCCAUAGCUGGCCAGUCAGCAUACGCAUUUACCCCCGCCAUGGCUGUGCCUCCCUUUGCACCAUCUCUUGUUUUCCCCCCUGCAGCAUCUGGCACCAGGGGUCAAGUGGUGGUGCGUGCAGCUGAUAGCACGGGUAGUCUUCCUCGUGGAUCUAAUCGACGUGUCGCCGAGCAGGCCGCCACGUCUCACAAUCAUGACACGUCCUCUGAGACAAGGGCCCAAAGACAUGGGCACAAGAGGAAGAUAGAGGAAGCCAGUGAAGGCAGUGGGAGUGGUUGUGGCAGUGUCCAGAUACUGGAGGAGCUCUCAGCUCCUGCAGCGACUUACUCCACUCGUACGGGUGGUGGAGGAGGGGGCACGGGUCAGUCAAUACCUCACUCUGCACCAACCACAAAGAGCAGCAGCUCCGUUGGUGAGGGGGAUUAUCAGCUUGUGCAGCAUGAGAUCCUCUGCUCCAUGUCCUCCAGCUAUGAAGUCCUGGAGUUCCUGGGAAGGGGCACAUUUGGACAAGUGGCCAAGUGUUGGAAAAGGGGUACCAAUGAGAUUGUGGCAAUCAAAAUCUUGAAAAAUCAUCCUUCGUAUGCUCGUCAAGGCCAAAUUGAGGUGGGCAUCCUGAACCGACUGAGUGCAGAGAAUGCAGACGAGUACAAUUUUGUGCGCUCAUAUGAAUGCUUCCAACACAAGGGCCAUACCUGCUUAGUGUUUGAAAUGCUGGAGCAGAAUCUGUACGACUUUCUGAAGCACAGCAAGUUCAGCCCGCUCCCCCUACGGCACAUCCGACCCAUCCUGCAGCAGGUGGCCACAGCCUUGAUGAAACUGAAGAGCCUGGGACUGAUUCACGCAGAUCUGAAACCUGAAAACAUCAUGUUGGUAGACCCCAUCAGACAGCCUUACAGGGUGAAGGUUAUUGACUUUGGCUCGGCAAGCCACGUGUCCAAAGCAGUUUGUUCAACCUAUCUGCAGUCCCGCUACUACAGAGCUCCGGAGAUCAUUUUGGGCCUCCCAUUCUGCGAGGCCAUCGACAUGUGGUCCUUAGGCUGUGUGAUUGCUGAGCUGUUUCUGGGUUGGCCUCUCUACCCUGGAGCUUCAGAGUAUGACCAGAUCCGUUACAUUUCUCAGACCCAAGGUUUGCCGGCUGAGUACCUGCUGAGUGCCGGCACUAAAACCAGCCGCUUCUUCCAUCGAGGCCCCGACUCUAGUUACCCCCUCUGGAGGCUCAAGACCCCAUCAGAGCAUGAAAUUGAGAUGGGCAUCAAAUCGAAGGAGGCCCGAAAGUACAUCUUCAACUGUCUGGAUGAUAUGAUGCAGGUCAAUAUGUCUUCUCACUUGGAGGGAACAGACAUGCUGGCUGAGAAGGCUGACAGACGAGAGUUUAUAGACCUCCUAAAGCGAAUGCUUCGUCUCGAUGCUGACAAAAGAAUCACACCUACUAAAACUCUGGGUCACCCCUUUGUCACUAUGAGCCACCUAAUGGAUUAUCCCCACAGUUCCCACGUGAAAUCGUGCUUCCAGAACAUGGAAAUUUGCAAGCGCAGAAGCUCGUAUGACAACAGCAAAUCCCUGUACUCCAACAACGCUGUCCCCAGUGCUGCAACUGGGAACCUCACAGUUACCUUCAGUAGCCAACUUAACCAGCAUAACCAGGCGCCUUCUGCGGGGGGUGCGGUGCCUUUGUUGAACUACCAGCCAGCUCUCUACCAGCAGGCCACCAUCAACAUUCCUGGGCUGGCUCAGCAGAGCGUCCCGAUUCCAACGCGCCCUGCUGGGCUCUGUAGCCAGACAGAACCCUUUCAGCAGACCCUCAUCGUGUGUCCUCCCUCCACUAUCCAAGGGCUUCAACCAUCCAGCAAGAAUUCCGGUUUCCCAGUGAGGGUGGAGAACUCUGUACCCAUAGUACCUCAGAACCAGUCUGGUCAGUCGCUGCAGAUCCAGCCAAGUAUGCUCACUCAGGGUUCCUGCACGCCCCUGAUGGUGGCCACCUUGCACCCACCCCCAGCAGGCAUAGCCCCCCAGUAUUCUCUGCCCCUCGGGCUGGGAGCUGGGGUGGGUCGGCCCACCCUCCUGGAGCACACAGCCACAGUGCUGCAGGCCUGGCCAACUGGUGCCCAACAAAUCCUCAUACCGUCGUCAUGGCAGCAGGUCCCAGGUGUGGCCAUCCACAGCUCAGCCCAUCAGUCAAACGUCACCGGAUCCCCCCUGGAAGAGGUUCACUCGAACGCAGCCAUGCAGCAAGGACACAGUUUGCGGAACUUGACCCAAACCAGGACGCAGCAAGAGAGAAAGAAAGCUAAAGCCAGAUGUGGAGAGAACCGAAACAGGGGAGCAGCCUUGCUAGGCACCAUUGGUGUGAUCCCUCCCUCCUCCACUGUCACAUUGUCUCAGCCAAUCGUCAUCUCUGACACGCCCAGCCCAGCGGUCAGCAUUAUCACCAUCCACAGCGACACGGACACGGAGGACGAACGCAAGUUCCACCCUGCCAGUGUUGGACUGGGCCGCUCUGAGCGCACUAAUGUCAUCAGCUGUGUAACCGUGCACGAUUCAGACUCAUCCACAACCAGCCCCCUGACCCCCCUGCUUCGCACUAUGAACACGGCGAGCUCCUUGGCGUCACGGCAGGCCAAGUCUCUGGCAGUGGUUGCCCCUUCGGUUAAACACCAGCCACCUGAGAGGGCGGCCGUGACCCGUGGUCGUGUGGAGACUGUGAACUACAUAAAACAUAAGAGAUCCUCCAACCGACAGCCCUGCAGUUCAGGGGAGAGCCUGGAUCGGAAUGGGCUGGGACCGAGCCAGUCGCACCCUUUGAACCUCAGCCAGGUGCAGUCGGUGGUUUCUUCUUCCCAGGAGCGUUCCGGGGUGUCCCACAGUGACUCGUCUCUACACCGCCAGCAGACCUUCCCUCCAGCGGUCGCUGCCUCUCACUACAGCUUCCCCGAUGUGGCAGCCCUGGCGUCGGGCUCCACCGCGGCCACCAGCCUGUACACCUACCCAGCCUCCACAGCCCUCUCCUCAGCUUCUCAGGCCAUGGAGCAGCUGCUGGCUCGUGGUCAUGUCAGCCACGGACACUCCCCCUCCACCUAUGCAGCAACGUACACCUCAUCCACCUCGUCCUCCAGGAGAGACUCGGCCAGUCAUAAAGAGUCGGUCAGCAGCCUGCUGCAUGGCCUCCCUGCAGCGUACCAGCAUCAGUUUGCUGCUGGUUCUCCGUAUGUUAGCGUGACACCCCGAUCCGAGGCCUACAGUGCCUACCAGCUGAGCCCUAGGCGCCUCACACAGUACCCCUACAUAUAGGGAAUCUAAUGCAACCCCCCACACCCACACACACACACACACACACACACACACACAUCACAAAGGGACAAUUACAAUUUCUCUUGAUCACCUACACAUCUGCUACUUUAACUAUAAAAAGCGUUUCAUCCCAUUUCGACUCGUUCCUAUCCUCUUUUUAACAUUUUUAGUGUAUUUGAAAUGAUUUUUGGUAUUAUUUUAACGCAUCUCAAUAUUUUCCCUUAAAUAUAUUUUAUCCCAGUUGUAUUCUAUCCAGUUAAGACAUUGUGUUAACCGUGUUGAUGUUUGUGUGAAGAGAGAGUCCUCCUGUCACAAGCAGCGACCACGCUUCGGAUGAACUUUUAACAACAACAGCGGAGCUCCCAGUCCUUUAGUUUGUCACGAGCCUCUCGUCAAAGUUUCCGCACUAAUCUACUGAGGCCCUUUGCGUUUAGUGAACAUCCAGCCCACGCCCCCGUUUGUUUCCUCAUGUCGUUUUACUGUUUAAAUUAUGUCCAUGUGAAAUAGUAAGAGAGGAAGUGUUGAAAGCUGUGAUGGAUGUUGUUUUAAAUACUCACUGUGGUCAUGUGUUCAUGUAGUCAGCAGUGUUUAGGCAGGAUUAAUCAUGUUCGUAUGCAAUAGGUUAAAAACGACAUAACUUGAGUGCUGAAUGUAUGGAUCUGGAGGAAUGGUGUGAAAGCUUUUAAAUUGUUAAAUGCCUCCUUGUUUGCAAACGUAUAAUUGAUCGGACAGAUCUUUAUAUAAACAUGUGAUCCCUAAUUUGUGUUGGACCUAUUGUUGCUAACGCUGAUCUAAGGCCAGUUUUACUCGUGAGAUGUUGACUACGACGCUGUAACAACUGUCCACUGUGCUGCACAAAAACUAAUUUAUACAAGUAUUUGCAUAUUGUUGGAAAGAUGGUUUGUCUGUUGGGUCUAUUCAGAGUUUUAUUCAGACACGCGCUUCUUCCCUGCCAGAAAGGCGUUUUGUUUUCUGCAGAUUCCUCCAGCGUAGGAAGAUGGCGGCGGCUGUGUUCAGACUUGUUUGACAGCGUUUCCUGUUUCUUUUUCAAAACAGGAAAUUUGUGAAUGGGGCACUGACUUGUUUCUAUUUAAUCCACCUGUCAUUGCAUCGGUUCUGGGUUGUCUAAAUAUUUAACUGUUCAUCAUCAUAACAUAGUUGUAGUCAACGAGGCGUCUUGGUAUAAUGAUUUCAGGGGAAAGGGUUCCAAUAAUCCACCGUCACCAUUUCCAAUUAAAUAAACACAAUCUCACACUGCC